ACAUAUUAUUAUAUUUAUCUAUAUGUAUACUAAUAAAUAUAAGAUAAAAAUAAAUUGUAAAUUAUUUAUUUAUUAAAAAUAGAUUUUCGUUACGUCAUUAAAUUAUUAUAAAUUGUCAUUCAAAAAUCUUAACCUCAUUUUGCAUGUGACGUAAUUUUGAAUAAUAAUUAUCAUUUUUUUUUAAUUAUUACCGUUAACUGAUGAUUAUUUUUAUACAUUAUUUAAUUAAUUAUUUAUAAAAUCAGUUAAUUAAUUAAAUUUACUUUGUGCUGACAAGUGGGAAAAUUUUUUUUGGAGAUUUUCAACAUGACAGGAAAUUACGGAGUAAAUAAACGUGACUAUAAAUUAAAUAAUGAGUCCGAAUAAAUAUAAAAAUAAUUCAAAUUCAACAAUGGCAUCGAACGGAUACUCAACAGCAUCUAAGCAGACUAAAUGCUUGGAGCCACCACCUUGUGAGUCUGUGAACUCGAUGCCGUGGUUUGGAAUGGACAUUGGCGGGACGCUGUGCAAACUAGUUUAUUUUGAACCAAAAGAUAUCACCAGAGAUGAAGCUGACGCUGAAGUUGAAACCUUAAAAAAUAUAAGAAGAUAUUUGACUAAAAAUUCAGCGUAUGGUAAAACUGGACAUCGAGAUACUCACCUACAGAUGGAUAAUGUUGAGAUACGGGGUAGAAAAGGUACAUUGCACUUCAUAAGAUUCCCCACAAGUGAAAUGGGUAAUUUUUUGGCUCUGGCCAAGUCUAAGGGGAUGGCGAAUUUAGUGACAACCGUGUGCGCAACAGGUGGAGGCGCAUUUAAGUUUGAAGAAAAUUUUAAACGAGAAGUUAACAUGAGUCUCGCUAAAUUUGAUGAGUUACACAGUUUAAUACGUGGAAUGCUUUAUAUUGAGACGACGAAUCCUCAUGAGUGCUACUAUUGGUCUCAUCCUACUGACGAUACUCUUUGUCAUAAAGUACCGUUUGAUUUUUCAGAGCCUUAUCCAUUUCUACUCGUCAAUAUUGGAUCAGGUGUGAGUAUACUCGCAGUGUAUGGACCAGAUAAUUUUAAAAGAAUAUCCGGCACAAGUUUAGGCGGAGGGACAUUUUUAGGAUUGUGCUGUUUAUUAACUGGCUGCAAUACAUUUGAAGAAGCCAUCGAAUUAGCAACCGGAGGUGACAAUACACGAGUUGAUAAAUUAGUAAAAGAUAUUUAUGGUGGUGAUUAUGGUCCAUUUUGUCUUCCUGGUGAUCUUGUUGCCAGCAGUUGUCUACAAUUGUGCAGUUUUGGCCAAAUGAAUUCAAAAGAUCGGAGACAAGCUGUCAAUAAAGAAGAUUUAGCACGUGCAACACUCGUUACUAUCACUAAUAAUAUUGGAUCAAUUGCGAGGAUGUGUGCAGUCAAUGAGAAAAUUGAGCGGGUGGUAUUUGUUGGUAAUUUUUUACGUGUGAAUCCAAUUUCAAUGAAAUUAUUGGCCUAUGCUAUGGAUUACUGGUCUAAAGGAACAUUGAAGGCUCUGUUUUUAGAGCAUGAGGGAUAUUUUGGUGCAGUUGGAUGUCUCUUACAAUUCAAUGGAGAAACGAUUUAGAUAAAUUAGUUUAUUUAUAGGCAUCAAUUUUAUUAAUUAGCAUUCCAAUUAAAUUAUUUACCUAUUUUAUUAUUAUUAUUAUUAUUAUUACAUUGUUUAAUGGAAUUUCGCAUUCCGUAUAUUAGUUAUUUAUUAAUUAUUUAAAAAAUUUUAAUUAAUUAUAUAUUAGAGUAAUUAAGGUCA